CAUAUCCAUCCGUUAGAAUGCCGCCCAAGUUCGAUCCAUCUGAGGUUAAGAUCAUCUACCUGCGCGCCACUGGUGGUGAGGUUGGUGCUUCUUCUGCUCUUGCCCCCAAGAUCGGUCCCCUCGGUCUGUCCCCCAAGAAGGUCGGAGAAGACAUCGCCAAGGGAACCAAGGAAUGGAAGGGUCUCCGUGUCACCGUUCAGUUGACCAUCCAGAACCGUCAGGCCCAGGUUUCUGUUGUCCCCUCUGCCUCUUCCCUUGUCAUCAAGGCUCUUAACGAGCCCCCCAGAGAUCGCAAGAAGGAGAAGAACAUCAAGCACAGCGGUAACGUCUCCCUUGAGGCCAUUAUCGAUGUUGCCCGCACCAUGCGCUUCAAGUCCCUUGCCCGUGAGCUCAAGGGUACUGUUAAGGAGAUCCUCGGUACUGCCAACUCUGUUGGUUGCACUGUCGAUGGUCAAAGCCCCAAGGACUUGUGCGAUGCCAUUGAUGCCGGCGAAGUCGAGAUCCCUGAAAAAUAAAUACCUCGCAGGCUAUACUCCUCCCAAACUGCACAUCUUUUUUUCUUUGAAAAAAAUCAAUAAACACAAUUACGGAUGUAAGCAAGAAAGGAAUGUCAAUGGCAGGCAUCCUACGAUCGAUUUUAUAUAUGUAUAUAUAUUGCAACAAAAAGAGACAUCUCACAGUAGUCCACUACAUUUUCAUUAACAACAUCAGUUACAUCAGCUCAUCAUCAACAAUAAAACUGGAAACGAUAAUAUCGAUCAU